UCGCGCUCUCGCAUUCAUGCCCUCCACCCAUCAGUGAAUCCGCCUUCUAUUCCAGGAACUCUUGCCUGCUCGUAAAAAAAAAACAUUAGAUUAUCGCCUCCCCUGCGUCGAGCUAAACCCCAGUCGCUUAAACAGGCCAUCGGUCUUUUAUUUGAACAAAAAAAAUCCCCGAAUGUUCCCCCAACAGCCCCAAUGACGUAAAACCGUAUCUUAUCGUCGUUAUGUGCGAGUGAGCCCAAAACCGAGUGCCUACAAUGCGGAAAGAAAGAGUCGAGUAGAAAUCGAGUGUGUUGACACCUUUGACAAGUGCGCCCUAAACCGAUAGCCACCGCACCUGUCCCGACACAGUUUCCUGCCUAUUAUUUUCUAUUGUCAAGCCGCAAGUGGCAUUGGUGCACAACUAUUCGUGAUAAAAAAUCGUGGAGCGCGAAAAUAGCCCCGGAAAAAAGUUAAUUAAACGUAGACGUAUGUUCAAUGACAAGGGGAAGAGAAUAUCGAAGACUUUUCGAGUGAAUAAAACCUCUGAACAACGGAAAUCAUCGGGAAUGUCAGGUGGACAUUGUCGGCAUGGAGGAGGUAAGGAAGAAGGAUCGUGAGGAUAACUCGUGUCAUGUCGAGGAUGAGGACGAUGACGCCAGGGUCGUUGUUGCCAGACGUGGCAAUGGUAUUGUUGGGUGCAAAGAUUUGGAUGUUCUCCAAGAUGUGGCCAAUGCCAAUUCAAGGUGUCAGGGGAGCGACUGCGAGAGGGAGGACUCACUCGAGAAAGAUGUCUGUGGGAAAACACAUCAGAGUCCAGCUGCUCUAGCGUUCACCAUUGAUUUUGACGAUGGCAAUAAGGAAGUCGACACUGUCAAGUAUCAGAGCCUUUUUCAGAGGUUCGCUAGGCACAGGAGGAAUGUCUCGACGUCCAAGAUAGAAAUAAAGACCAGUAAAUCAUCAGCAGAUUUAUCCCCAAAUUUUGUACAAAAGAGUAAACCAGUGAGCAACUACUCCGAGGGAUACUUCAGCAGUGAAGACGAUACGAAACGAAAGGCUGACAAAUUAUCCCAGAAAUUGAAAGAACUAGGUUUAAAAACGUCCCCAAAAGGAGUUUCCCUCCGUCACCCGCCGAUGUCCCGUUCCCUCACCGAGAGGUCCACCCCUCACCGUCGCUCCUACCACGAGCCCUCACCUCCCCGCCCAGACCUCCCCAACUCCUCCACAAUGAACGACCUGAGUCGCCUCCAAAGUUCCCUCGAGGAUGAUCGCUCAAACCGUGUGCAAUACUCCCCAGAGAAAAAAUACACCAAGAACAUCGAGUACCUCGAGAUAAACCACUCCUACUCCUCCGAGAACCUCCACCACUCCCAGGCCUCCUCCGAAAAGCUCAAGAACACAAGUUACACCCCCAGCUCUUCGAAUCCCCCUGAAUCCCCCCAGAAACAACGAAAUAUCCAGACCCUCUGCAUCACGUACUCUGGAGAAUGCAGCACAGGUCCCAACAUUGAUAAAUUCAGCGUCAGCAACCUGGACAAUGACUCGGACGGCACAGUGAGUGAGGCUGGUACCUACACGGUCCACAAGGACUACACAGACGAGGAAAAAGCCCGGAUGGACAUUGACAAAACGUUCAGCGUGGGCAUCCUCACAGAGGGCGAGCAGCACUCCUCGUACGUCCAUCACUUCCAGAUGAACACCUCCAGAGACUCGAACUCCUGGAUCUCCGAUUGGGCAACUCAAGUAGCUGAACACAACUCAUUACCACCUCCCAUCGGGGGAACAACGGGUCGUACCCCUCCAAUGAGCCCCUCCAAGAUCCCCUCUCCGAUCUACUCGCGAUCGAAACGCCUCCCCCGAAGCAGACACGAGGCGAGUGACAGCAGUCUCGACGCCGAGGUCCACCAGCGAAUGGCCUCGACGAUGAUAGACUCUGGAGGUGAAUCAGACGAGGACACCAGCAACAGCUACCCCACGCCCCCCCACAGCUCCCAAAGAACGCCGACACACUCCCUAGUGCGCCGAGGCAGCCUCUCGGAGUCCCUCUUCAAACGAGUCAACACGUCUGAUUGUCGAAGGAGCAUGCGAAAGUGUCCUGACAAAAAAGAGGAGAUAAACGUGCCAAAGAGUCCGUCCCACAUGCUGGCAAGACUUCACCUAGACCGUUCCAAUUCCCUGGAGCACCGGGGAAAUCACUCAGACACUGCAGAGUCAAAUUCCUCGCGUCGCAGUAGCUUGAGAAAUUACGAGGAGAACUUCAAGCACACGAACAGUCCGAUAUUAAACCGUCUACGAUCGACAACCCCUAAAUUAACAAACAGUCCGAUCCUGGGGCACAAGGCACUAGCCAGUAGACCAUUAGCUCCGAAUAUCGAACGUCCAAAGCAGCUGGCUAAACCUGGAAGUCAGUCCAAGAACAUUGGUUACUUCACGUGUGUGGAGAGCAGUCCAUACAUGCUGAGAAAGUCCCUGAGUACGUCCAACUAUCGAGAGGAAAUGUCCAAGGAUAAACUCUCGAAUCUCCAUGGGAGCCCAAUGCUCUCGAGGAGCACGAGCAUCCAGCGUUCAGCCUCCAACACCAGCAUCAGAACCACCAAGACGAAGAGCAUGCUGACGAGGAGAAGUAGUUUCAACGACAAUAGCAACGAUAGACUAUUAAAAACAAAACUAGCUCACUCUGACAGCAGCUCGGAGACAGGUGAGGCAGCGACACCAGUCCCUCCAAUAUCCUCAGGAAUAAAGCUGAACAGAACCUUCAGCAUGCGUCGUGCACGCCUCAGCUGCGAGUCAGAGUCAACACCGAACACAACGCCUGAGGAGCGACGCAGGAGAGCACAAUCGGAAAUCAAAUCAGCCCCCACUUCUGGUAGACAGGCGCAUCAUCGAGGGAGAACGAGUAGUGUUGGUGCUAGUAACAAAGAAGUCUUCAAGAAGCCUGAACCACCUAAGCCGAGGGGUCCGUCGUUAUCCAGGAAUGAGGGGGGGAGGUACAGCAUGAGGGCGCAGAAGACAAGCCCCUCGACGAGGCCUAAUCAAAAAGCUAGUAAAGAGGGUAAGAAUUCAGGGAGAAGUAACUCGACGUUGACGUCGAAGGAGGUGGAGUUUCAGAACUGGAAGAGGAGGAAAAAUUAUGAUCCUAUGAAGGCGGCUGCUGAGGGGAAGAGGAAGUUGGAUGUUAAUAAGAAGCAUCACAGCACUGAGGAUGGAAAUAGCAGGGAUAGCUCUGUCCUGAGGUCUGCGAGCUUUCAUGGAACUGGGGGGGCUCUGUCUCUCGCUGAUGAUUGGUCUGAUAAUGAGGUUAAUUUCGGGGGAGAUGUUCAGCCACCACCCUGCAGCCCUCUGGGCUCUGACAGUGAUCUCGAUACGUCCAGUUAUCUUCAAACAACUCACAAUGUCAUGUCUGCCAUGUCGGCUAGGAUUAAUGUGUAUCAGGGGAGUGCUGUGGACUCUGGGGGGGAGAGUGAUGAGGACACCAGUCACAGUUUGAGGCAGGGGAGGGUGGGGAGGGAGACCAGUGACACUGAGAGCAGUGAGGAACAGGGGAACAGUGGAAAUAGACACUUGGGGUUCAAUAGGGGGUUUGUGGGGAGGAGGAGCAGGGAGCCAGAGGCUAAGGCCCCUCAGGCUAAGGCUAAGGUAGUUAAUAGUGCGAGGUCCAAGUCGGAGGGGACUAGCAUUGCUAGGACUGACUCAGGGAGGUUCAGUGUGAGGGCUGCUAAGGGGAGUGCUGUUAAGGUGAAGCCUAAGGAGGUGAAGAAGAAGGAGAGCUUGGUGAAGGAGCAGGAGAUGCAGAACUGGAAGAGGAGGAAGAGCUAUGAUCCCAUGAAAGCUGCUGCGGAGGGGAAGAGGAAGGCUGGCAUGGUCAAGAGGAGUCUCAAUUCUGAGUCUUCCAGUGUCCUGAGAUCUCAAAGCUUCCACGGGCCAGUGACCCUAGGCUUAAGUGAAUGGAGUGAUGAGGAUAUUUCAGCAUCAGCCGACGAGGCACCAAUCUACUGAUGUCCCCUCCACACAAAUAAUUCUCAAAAGGCCAAGUUUACAAUCUCGAAAUUAAUUCAAUUCACUAUUUAAAUAAUGAUCCAUGACUUUCGUUCUGUUUUCUGAGAAGUUUAUUAUUGAUGAUAAAAAUUUAUAUGAUAGUUUUCUUUGAGAUACAUGGAAUUAUUUUCAUUAGCAAAGAAACAUAACAAUUGUUGAACUUGAAGAUGUACUGGAGAACAUUUUUUCAAGCUUGUUUCGUUCAUCUUUUUGGGUUUGAAAGUUAGCUGUUAUUGAUAUGAACAAUUUAAGAAUUGAAAUUGUAUAAAAUUAAUUUAAAGUGAUGAAUUACAAAGGGCGUUCAAUCCUAGAUCUUUAAAUAAUUGUACAAAACGAAAACUUACGGAGAUUUUAUCAAUUAGUUUAUGGUAUUUUCAUAUUUUUCAGAAAUGCUAAUAGCUGUAGCUUUACUAUUAUCAUCUUUCCUGUUUUUUUUUUUCAUUUUCGCAGAGGUGUAUAUUUAUCUCGUUCAUUACUUUGUAUCAAAAAUAUUGCCAGAGUUGAGGGAUUUGUUAAAUGCUGAGUGUGCCUCUGCCACUGACCUCCGCGAAAACACUAUUGUUAAAAUGUUAAUUGAAUUUUGGACGUUGUUCAAUUUUUUUACACUUCAGACUUUAUUGUGAUUUUCUUUUGUUAAUUUAACCAAUAAACAAGUCCAGCAA